UUUUCGAACGCCCUAGUCGCCAUUCAGCAUGCAUUCACGAUACCCACAUAUGUACAUCCGAGAGCAGCGGUCUUCUUUCUCUCUGUUCAGGUCGCGGGCCGCAGUCGAGUGUGAGUCGAGCACUGCACGUCUUUGAAACCAGACGGUAGAGACUCCGAAGUUAGUCCGGCGGUCUGUUAGUCGAAGGCGACAGUUUGUCGGCGCCGGUUUACCGACUUCCGAGCUGAAACCGUAACAGAUAACAAAUUAUUACAAUUCAGCGUCGAUUUCGAAGCGUUUCGUCCUCAACGUAACAGCCCGUAUUCCACGCAGUGUGUGUCUCGCCAUUCCUCAAUCGUUAUCGAUAAUCAACAGGUUGAAAAAACUUCCCAUUACUUCACAAGAUUAGGAAACUCUUGAGGUGAGGAAAAAUGGCAGGCACUGUUGAAUUCUAAGAUGACCACAACUUCAACGUGCUGUAAUGUGUUACGUGAUAGUAACUGGUCGCAGUCUCCUUUGGACAUUGAUGUCUUUGGGGGCUGCGCUGGCCAUUUUAUCAGCUCUAGUAACCCCGAGAUGGUUGGUGGGGCCGCAAAUAACAAAAAUGACAGAGAACGGAACCGAGCGUUAUACACCCACUGUGGGGGUCUUCAACCGAUGUACCAGACUCUAUGGAAAGUCACACUGCGGUAAUUUCAACGCUGAUGGUCUGGCGACACCCUCAUCAGUCUUUCCGAAUUGUUGGAAGGCGACCUUGUUCUUCCUAGCCCUCGGAAUGGCUGUGAUGACUGUCACUGUGAUAGCUGCACUGCUGGGCUGCUGUGUUCAAAGUAUUGGGAAGAAAAGUAUCUUUGACUUGGCAGGAGUUGCUCAGUCCAUCGCAGGCAUCACGUAUCUCCUUGGUAUGACUUUGUAUGCCGGUGGUUGGGGCUCGGAGAGAGUUCAAAGACUUUGCGGUGAAGAAGCUGCUCCUUUCUAUCUAGGAGACUGCACCCUUGGCUGGGCAUUCUACUCUGCUGUGUUAGGCGUGCUCCUGACUUUUGUGUCAGCCGUUCUCAGCGGGCAAGCUGAAAAAUCGACGGCCAGCGACAAGGUGCAGGAUGAGAUGAAUGAGGGCAAAACUCUAAUUUGCCUAGCUUAGAGAGAUGGAGAACUAAAUUCGAAGACUGAUCAGAAUUCGAAGUUUGAAUUUGAUCGGAAUUUCAUGUGUUUCUUGUUUAUGAGUGAACGCUACUAUACAUAUAAUUUAUGCUAAUUAGUGUUUGUUUCUACAGAGUUUGCUUAGAGGCAAGAUGGUGGCUGAAUACGAGAAUCUGUUAUUUUUAUUACGAUUCAUUCGUAGAUAAAUUCAUAUUCAUGAAUCAUUGUUUGUUACAUCUCAUAUUCAAUUUAAAAAUUGAACCAUUAUUGCAUACAUAUACUUAAACUAGGUAUGUCUAGAUGAUAGAAUCUUUGACAAUUCUAGCAACAAUUCAAGUUGAAGUGACAAAACACUGCAGCCUCAAAAACUUAGAUUGUGAUGUAUGUCAGAGUAAUUUUGGAGCACACAAAAUUUGAGCUAUUACCAAAAAUUAUAUUUAAAAAUCAGUUGAUACUCCGGUUUGUACUACAUGUUCUUCGUACCUAUGUACCAUCUAGGAUUUAAUACAAGAAUUAAAAAAAAAAAAUUUAUAGAUGAGUACGUGAGAAAAAUAUUUGACAAUCUCAAACCGCACCGAAAAUAUUCAAUUUUGGACAUACUGUAGACGAAGACAAUUAUGUACUAUAGCAACGACGCAUGAGCUGUUUUUAUACUGCUCUGAAAAUCAAACUCGAAGAACAUUGAUGAACGUACUUGACCAUGAGAAAGGUCAUAAAUGAAAAAUAUGCUUCAAAUUUGAUAGUGAAAUGUUAAGUUUUACUGCCUAGUUUAAAAAUUUCUGCACAUCGUAUAUGCCUAAUUUUAUUCGUAACAUUCCGUAUACUAGUGCACGAAGUGUAUUAUAAUGAGAUGGAUAUAAUAUAACUUUUACAAAUGAUGGGGCGUUUAUUCGUUAAGUGCGCUUUUCAUUUCAAGUUUCAAUAUAUACGUCACCUCAUACCGACAAUUCGAAUUACCCCAGGUGCCAUUUACUCCAAGUUGAUUUCAUAUGUCAGAAGUUAGUGAAAAGUAGUUAUCACAUGCCCCGAUUUCAUAAUUAAUUUAAUAAACAGUGUUCAGGUUCAACCAUGAUAUAAAAUAGAUUGUGCACUGAGUUGAUAUAUAUUGUAAUCGUUACAUGAAAACUAUUUAUAUGAGUGAGAGCUAAUAUUGUAUAAAGAAAAAUACUCAAUAAAUAAAAUUUGUGCUAA